GCAGCCGAUGGCCAUACUCGAGCAGUUUUGGGCGCACAGGAGUUUUCCGCGCCAAAUCCAUCUCCAACCCCCAAAUCCAUCUCCCCGCUCUGAGUUCCCCAAUCCAGAUCCAUCUGCACCUCAAUCCGGUCAUCACUUCCCCCGUUCCGCUCAUCCAUCUGCAGCUCGCACCCUCCUCGUCUCCGAUUUGGUGCGCCUGAGAUGUCCAAGCGAGUUGCAACAAGGAAGAAGAAGGGAUCCCCACCGUCUGUGGCAGUGGCGGCGGCAGUAGCGGUGCUGGCCGCAGCUUGGCACCGACGGCCCGCUCUCUCGGACUUGGCAGCGGCUCAGCAGCGCCAGCGACUCGCCCAACCACAGGUGGUGUCGGCAUGGGCGCGGCGACGACACCAUCCUCCAUUGAUGGAUCUAGCGGAGGUGGCUUCCCCAGCUCUUCCCCAGCGGAGGUGGCUUCACCUUCUCCAGCUUGGUUUGAUGUGGCCGGCAGUGAUCCCUCUUCUCCAGGAUCAUGGGAUAAAGAUCCACGUCCAUCUGGUGGAUUCAUGGGCUACUUCAGAAAUCAGCCACACAACCUUCAUAUGGCUGGUGCACCUAUUUACAACAGCUCUUUGAACAGACCAUUGUCCAACAAUGACAAUGACAAUGACAAUGAAGUGGAAAUUAUUAUUGAUGUUUCUCAAAAAUAUUGUAAUUCUGUUGCUCUUAUUUGUGCUCCAUAUAUUUCUAUCAACUAGCCACGCAAUGGUAUACAAAAAUUUAUUCACAAGUUGAUCC